AUGAAGGGAUUAACGCUAUUUGGGUCAAGACUGCCAUACCUUAAAUACGUUGCUGUAGUGUUGACCGUGUUGGUAAUAUACACCCUCACGCAAGGAGCUACACUGUACACGAACAUCAAUCAAGAAGUCCAGAAACAACAGCAACCACAACAACAGGCGUCAAAGCCUAGUGUCGAAGAUGUACAAAAGUUUCAUGAUCAAGUGCUUCUGAAUGUGCAGGGUGAUGCUGAUGGAGCCGGUCCGCUUAGUGAGGACGAGAGGAAAGCAGCCGCUGAUGAGGUGAAAGAAUUUGCCCAGGACCACAAGGGCCCAGUUCAAGAUGCUCGUCCUCUUAGUGAGGACGAAAGGAAAGCAGCCGCUGCUAAAGUCAAAGAAUGGGCCAAGGGUCAACAGGGUCAACAAGGGCAAGAUAAGCCUCAAGAGAAUUUAGCAGCCGACAAGCCAAAAGAUGAAUCGUCGCAACUUGUUGCCUCGAGUGACACUAAAGUUAAAGCUACAUUUGUGACUCUUGCUAGAAACAAGGAGUUAUUUGACUUGAUCAAAUCAAUCCGAGUGGUUGAAGAUCGAUUCAACCGUAAAUUCAAUUACGAUUGGGUGUUUUUAAAUGAUGAAGAGUUUACCCAAGAAUUCAAAGACUUGACCACGGCUAUUGUUUCCGGUAAAACCAAAUAUGGAAAGAUCCCCACUGAGCAUUGGUCAUAUCCAGAAUGGGUCAAUUUGGAUAAAGCUGCCGAAUCGCGUAAGAAAAUGAAGCAAGCCAAUAUAAUCUAUGGAGAUUCAGAGUCAUAUAGACACAUGUGUCGAUUUGAGCUGGGGUUCUUUUGGCGUAAUCCAUUGUUGGAUGACUAUGAAUGGUACUGGAGAGUUGAACCGGGUAUUGAAAUCAAUUGUGAUUUGAAUUAUGAUUUGUUUAAAUAUAUGCAAGACAAUGAUAAAGUGUAUGGAUUCACUAUAUCAAUUCAUGAAUUUGAGAAGACCAUCCCUACAUUGUGGCAGCAUACUAAAGAUUUCAUUGAAAAGAACCCACAGUAUGUGGCCAAGGACAAUUUCCUUGAUUUUAUCAGUGACGAUGGUGGCAAGACAUACAACUUGUGUCAUUUCUGGUCCAAUUUCGAAAUUGCCAAUUUAAAUUUUUGGCGUAGCGAUGCCUACAGAGCCUAUUUCGACUAUUUAGAUUCCACAGGUGGGUUCUUUUAUGAACGAUGGGGUGAUGCUCCCGUGCAUUCUAUUGCCGCCGCUUUAUUUUUGCCCAAGUCCAAGAUCCAUUAUUUCGAAGAUGUGGGGUAUAGGCAUCAUGUCUAUGGCCAAUGUCCAUUAAAUCCACAAUUUAGAUAUGAGCAUAAAUGUUCGUGUAAUCCUAAUGACGAUUUCACAUUUAGAGGAUAUUCGUGUGGGAAAAAGUAUUAUGAAAAGAUGGGAUUGACUAAACCGGCUGAGUGGCAACAAUAUCAAUAA